AUGCGCUCGUCGAUCUCGUGCGCCCGCCGGCGCCUGGCGACGACCGGUCGUCGCGGCGUCCACGCAAGUGCCGUGACGGCGCUGCCGGAGAUCCCAUUCAAAUUGGCCGAUAUCGGCGAAGGGAUUGCCGAGGUGGAAGUGCUGCAGUGGUUUGUCAAGCGCGGGGACAAAGUCAAGCAGUUCCAGAACGUGUGCGAGGUGCAGAGCGACAAGGCGACGGUGGAGAUCACGAGUCGAUACGAUGGCGUCGUCGCGAACGUCCACUACAAAGUAGGCGAGAUGGCCAAAGUGGGCUCGACGCUCGUGGACAUUGACGUGGACGACGCCACAGCUGCGAAACAAGCAGGUGGCAAGAAAAAGGUCCUGUCGGGCGCUCCGGUUCCCCAAAUGGCGCGUGCGCCGAUCGUCAAAGAGACUGUAGAUGCAGUCGCUGCUGCGCCGACUGCUGCUGCGCCGACUGCUGCUGCUGCUAGUUCGACAGAGAUGGCCGCCGUGCCGGUACUCUCGAGGCGGUCAGUGGUGCCUCGUGCAGGUCAAAGCGACGACAAGGUGCUGACGUCGCCGUCCGUGCGACGACUGGCGAUGGAGCACCGCAUCGACUUGCAGGACGUGGAAGGCACGGGACCCCAAGGCCGCAUCCUCAAAGGAGAUUUGCUCGACUACAUUCGGUUGCUCGCAACGCAGUCUCGAGGGGCUGAGACGGCAGGCGGCCCGCCCGAAGCUGCUGUACCAUCAUUGCCUCUGGAGAAGGGGUUUCCUUCAACGUACGUUGAACAAGACACGGUCGUGCUACUGUCACCGAUUCAGAAGAUGAUGACCAAGUCAAUGAACGCGGCAUUGCGGAUCCCCCACUUUGGAUACGGUGAUGAAGUUCAAAUGGACGCGCUGUAUGAGCUACGCAAAGAGUUGCGCCCGCUUGCCGAGUUGCGCGGUGUAAAGCUGUCGUUCAUGCCUUUCAUCAUCAAGGCUGCGUCGUUGGCGCUGAAGCGAUACCCUAUACUGAACUCUUGCGUGAGCGAAAGCGAGACGGAGCUCACGCUGAUUGCAUCGCACAACAUCUCGGUUGCGAUGGACACGCCGACAGGUCUCAUUGUACCGAAUGUCAAGAACGUCCAGAUGAAAAGUGUCAUAGAGAUCGGCGAAGACCUCAACCGUUUGCAACAGCUUGCGGCCGCAGGCAAGCUGGCACCAAGUGAUCUAAGCAGGGGCACAUUCUCGAUCUCCAACAUUGGUAGUAUUGGCGGAACGUACACGAGUCCCGUCCUUAUGGUUCCUCAAGUAGCAAUCGGUGCGGUCGGUCGGAUUCAGCAGCUCCCUCGUUAUGACGCCGAGGGGAACGUCAAACCCGUGCGUCUGAUGAACGUAUCGUGGAGCGGCGAUCACCGCGUAAUUGACGGAGCGACGAUGGCACGUUUCUCCAACCAGUGGAAGGAGUACUUAGAAACGCCAGUAAGUAUGCUGACAGAAAUGAGUUGA